AAUUACAAGCUGGCACCUGCAAUGUAGGUUUCUCGAGCGUCCUUUUAUUAAUAGAUGGAAAAUGUCUAAACCAGUACAUCACGGUACUUCCGGUCCAUCUAAUUUGUCUUGAUCGAUUUCGGUGUUUCUCUAAUUUGGUAGUUUGGAAAUCAUGUCAAUUGAAAUAUCUGAGAUAUAUAUUUUUUUGUUUUUUCUACUGCCUCUGAGGGUUAGUUACUUUCAAAAUGGGCAAACUUUUUUCCAAACUCUUCGGAAGUAAAGAAAUGCGUAUUCUUAUGCUGGGUCUUGAUGCUGCUGGGAAAACAACUAUCCUUUACCGAUUAAAACUUGGAUCAAGCGUUAGCACCAUCCCAACUGUUGGUUUUAACGUUGAAACCGUAACUUACAAAAAUGUUAGAUUUAAUGUUUGGGAUGUUGGAGGUCAAGAAAAAAUCAGACCAUUAUGGCGUCAUUAUUUCACGGGAAGUCAAGGUCUUAUAUUUGUUGUUGAUAGUUCAGAUCGAGACAGAAUAGAAGAAGCUAGACAAGAAUUGCAUCGGAUAGCUACUGAUCGUGAAAUGCAAGGUGCUGUCAUCUUAGUAUUUGCGAACAAACAAGAUCUUCCUAAUGUUAUGAAACCUAAUGAAAUUCAAGAACGUCUUAUGCUAGCACGAUUACAUGGACACAUAUGGUAUGUUCAACCGUCGGUUGCUAUCAAAGGUGAAGGCCUAUAUGAAGGUUUAACAUGGCUUAAUGCAAACUAUAAUUCUCGGUGAACAAUUCUUACUUUGUUUCUUUUGAAAAUCCAUGUUCUCUUUAUUGUUUUUGUGAUGAUUUAAUUUGUUUGUUUGUUUGUUAAUUUCUAAGAAAGAAGUCAUCAAACAAUCAAAAUAAUAAUAAUAACCGCAUAAACCUAAUUCAACCUAUGUACCAAUUUUGUUUUAUUUAUAUUUUCUGUGUUUAUAAAACUGUAGCUUACUUUUUCCCCCUCCGUUUUUUUUCAAGAUUUUUAAUACUUCUUCAAAUUGACUUGUAUUAAUUUGUGCACGGCAUUUCUCCCUUGUAUUUCCUACUUUCUUUCAUAUUAUUUUAUCAUCCCUUCCAAAUUGACAGAACUCAAAUCAAACACAUAACUAGAUAUUGUGUUCCUCUAUUUGUAUAGGAAAUUCUGAAUCGGAUAAUAAUAAUAAUAAUGAUAGCGCUUUCACAAUAACUCUUCCAGUUUUCACCUGCUAUAUAUAUACAUAUAUAUAUCGUAUUCAAUUCUUAUGCUAUUGUCUUAAUGCUUUUUGCAUUAGCGUUGUUGUUGUUGUUGUUUAAUAUUCUAACUAUUUGAAUAUUUACGAGAAAAUGAACAAAAGCAAUUGAUGUUUUCUUAAUUGUAUUAAUAAUAAGGCUUCUGCCAGUCUAUACAUGUAUUAAUUAAUUAUUGUCAAAUAUCUCCUUCCUACUCUUACUCUCUUGGUUUGUUUGUUUUUUUCUAAUUACUCCUUAAUCUGGCAUAUCUCGAUGUGCAUAUUUAACCUUUAUGAACGCUAAUUCAACUUUCUUUAAAAAUAACGAGUUAUUAACUGUAUAAGAAAUAGAACAGAGCUAUGAUUCUCUUUUUUUUCUAUUCGUUUGUACAGUUUAUUAAUAAUUUCUUACCAGUCAACUGAGUACUUCUGCGUGUCUUACUGAUUGACUAUCACAGUUUGUUUCUUUUCUAUUUCUAUGAGUGAUUAGUCUCCAUUACAUCUUUCUUGUUCCUGUCUAUUCCAGGAUACUUUUCUUAUUAUCCAUAAAGUGUAUAAUUUGUUCCUUUCAUAUGUGUGAUAGAGAGAUGGAGAACAAUCGUGUUACAAAUAAUUAAACUGAUAGGAAAAAUGUUUAUAAAACUCACUUUUGUCCUAUUCAUCAUUUGGCCUAUUCCCCUGCCUCUCCGUCCUUAUUUAUUUUUUAUUACUUUUAUAUAAAUAUGUGAAGUAGGUGAUCAUUACAGAAAUAAGGUCACCUUGAACACCUAGGUAAAACAUCGAUUGGUGUCGAUUAACUAUUCUAAACGUGACAAUUAAUUUUUAUCCUUUUUUUCAAAUUGCUUUACAACUAUGUGCAUCUAUUACGCUAUAUAGAUGUGUAAAAUUCAUUUUAUAGAAUUACUAACCAGAAAUAUACUAGGUUGCAUAGUGUUAUUUGUAGUAUUUUGACAUCUUCAGUAAAAGAAGUAAAUUGCUUUUUUGGGGGGGGAUUUUUCAUUAUUGCUUUUUCGAAAUUCUUUUUCCUCUCUGCUAAUACCAAUUACGGUGAAUUAGGAUUUUGGUGUUCCCGGUAUGUGUUUCUCUUCUCUCCCGUUCAUCCAUUUUUUUUCAUUAAAGCUUCCUAGGUUUUUAUGUUGUAUUUAUCUUUUUCUCAUAUAUAUUUCUCUGUGUAGAGAGAAACG